AUGCUGUCCCCUGCUCGCCGGCGGCACAAGGACGGAGCAUCACUCAUUCCGCAUGAAGGCCAUCUGACGACGACGACAAUCCUCCUCCUUCUCCUCCUCACCGGGCCUUUCCGAUUGCAGCAGCACGACGACGACGACGAUGAGAAUUACGGAGCGGCGACGGGCCGAGCAGAGGGUGUCCUGAGCGAGAAAGCGAACGGCCCGCAACAGCAGCAGCAGCAACCGUUCGCUGCGCGCAUCCAGCCGCUUCGGAGGGUGCACGGGGGCAGCGGAGGGUUCCGGAGAUGCAGCGAGCCGGAGCAUAAGUGCCCGGCUGCGGGCAGUUGCCUGAAAUGA